AUGGGAGACGUUGAGACACUGAAAGCCUUGAUGAAAAAGCAGCAAAUAGAUUUGAACGUCCAGGAUAAGGAGGGAUGGACUGUUAUGCAUCAUGCGAGCUUCAUGGGGCAGACACAUAUAGUUCGCUACUUGAUUGACAACGGCUUCGAGAUAGGACCGAAAAAUAAGUUCGGCCGUACUCCCCUUCAUCUAGCCGCCGAGUGGGAUAACGACGAGGUUGUGGAACUGUUGCUCUCCAGAAAGGCUGAUUUCAACGUGCCAGAUAAGGACGGCUGCUCUCCACUAGAAUGUACAUUACGACAGGCUGGGGACUUGUCUAGAAGUUUGAUGGAGAACCAGUCUUGGUCCAAGCGAAGUUCACUGCUAUCAGACGGAAAUGCACUCUCCGUCGCAGCAGUGUCGGAAGCUGUGGGAAAUGAUGAUCUCGUCGAAGAGGAGCAGUUGGGCACUGGUUUGACAGCUGAUGUCUAUAGCGGUACCUGGCGUGGGACUGAUGUUGCGAUCAAGAGAGUUGACUGGACCAUG